CAGGGAGAUUAACAUUGGACUGGCUGCUGAGACAAGAAACUCUGAAGUAAUGGAGUUACAUAUCUAGCUAUCUAAAAGAACAUCUCUUUAAAAUUAACUAUGGACCCCUGUUCUAGGAGCCUCCCAAUCUAAUUUUAGCCAUGAACACCCGCUACUGUGCACAAGACGUUUUACGCUGCAGUGUUUGUAAAGAGGACCCUCUACACAGUUAUUGUCAGCUGUGUCACAUCAACCUGUGUACUAACUGUAUAGAAAGCCACCUCUCUGACUCGAACAAACAUCACCCAGUGGUCCCCUACCAAACUAAAAAUAAUAACUACCCCCCAUGUCCUCAGCAUAGGGACAGACACUGUGAAGAUUUCUGUGAGAAAUGUGACGUUCCUGUCUGUUCCAACUGUCUGUCGUCUGGUAAACACAAUAGACACACUUUAUCAGAUGUUCUGCAGAAACUCAGAGAGAAAACAGAAGAUUUAAAAAAUGACCUGAAAGAAUUGCAGGAUAGAAUUCGUCCUAAAUAUGAAGAAAUUGUAACUGAUUUAAGAACCCAGGAAGCCAGUCUAGACACGUAUUGUGCUGAACUCACUGCGGCCAUAGUCAGAGAAGGAGAAGACUGGCACAGAAAGAUCGACAUCGUCGUCAACAAAAGAUUAUCUGAAGCUGAGGAGAUGAAAAACAAAUACCACACGGCUCUCAGUAAGCAUGAAAAGGACGUCAGGGACACAGCUUCUGAAAUUGAACAGAGUAUUCUUGAUUUGGAGAAAAUGCUGGAUUCCAAUGACGCCUUCCUCAUUUCAGUUUACGAGUCCCGUAAUACAGAAUUCAGAAGUUUUCCACCCAGAGUCCUGGUUACCGUGCCGAUCUUCACCUCUCCUAGAGACAACAAAGAACAGCUGGAUCAACUGUUUGGUUCUUUGUCGGGAUCAGACGUUAAAACCGACGAGAAUGGCUACACAAUGGAGGAACCCGAGAUUCCAACCUCCCCUCCCUUCAAACCACUACUCAACCAACCAAGGACGACUGUCUGUAUCAACAUAGGACAGACUUGGCCCAACAGUGUAGCCUGUCUGGGUGAUGACAAAGUAUGGACGUGUGGUUAUGACAACAGUAUACGACUCUAUAACCUUCAAAACAGACUGCUGAAGUCACUCCAAACCAAGUCAGGGAAGAUACCAGGUGACAUCGCACUGAUGAGGAGUGGAGAACUAGUGUAUACUGAUCCUCAGGCCAGAGGUAUAAAUAAAGUGAAGAAUAAAAAGAUAAAGGAAAUGGUCAGAUUUAAGGGAUGGAUGCCCUUCAAUGUAUGCAGCACCUUCUCAGAUGACCUGCUGGUUAGCAUGUGCAGUGUGGAUUAUUCAGAAUCCAAGGUCGUCCGUUUCUCUGACUUCACAGAGACACAAACCGUUCAGUUUAACAAUGACGGGACUCCUCUGUAUUCCCCUGGCUUUGGUAAAUACAUAACUGAGAACAGAAACCUGGAUAUCUGUGUAUCUGAUGGUAACGCAAUGGCAGUAGUAGUGGUCAGUAGGGCGGGGAAACUCCGAUUUAGAUACACCGGUCAUCCCUCCUCUGCCACUGGACCAUUCACUCCGCGCGGGAUCGCGGCAGACGGACAGAGUCAGAUCCUGGUAGCGGACAUUAACAACCACUGCGUUUACGUCCUGGACAGCGACGGAGCGCUCCUACGUAAAAUGUGUCAGAUCACAAGUCCGUAUGGAAUCUGUGUGGACAGCAGGGACAACCUCUACGUCAUAGAAUGGAAUCAGCCCUCCAUGGGGAUGGUCAGGAAAAUACAAUACAUGUAAUGACUGGGAUUAUUACAAUACAUGACUUGUAAUACCUUGUGACUGGGGAUUAUUACAAUACAUGUAAUACGUUGUGACUGGGAUUAUUACAAUACAUGACCUGUAAUACCUUGUGACUGGAAUUAUUACAAU